AUGGCAGCAGAUAAUAAUCUAUCAGUUAUGGUCGAAAGGAUUAUGGCACUAAAUGGGGUGAAUUUUGGAAUUCGAAGGCCAAAUUAUACAUCAUAUUUGUCGGAAUAUAUCCUACAGACAGAUAUACCCCCUAGAACAAAAAUUCUCAAAUUUACUAAGUUUUCUGGGGAUACCAUUGAAUCCACUGUCGAACAUGUAGCUAGGUAUAUAAUAGAGGUAGGAUACAUUUCGAACAACGAAAACCUUAUGGUAAAGUACUUUCCAAGUUCUCUCACGAAGAAUGCCUUCACAUGGUUCACAACCUUGCCACAAAAUUCGAUCCACACUUGGAAUCAGUUGGAAAGAAUGUUCCAUGAGCAGUUUUACAUGGGGUGUUUUACACAGGUAACGAAGUGUGAGUUGGUCGAAAUGGUCGUUGAGGGCCUUGACUAUUCUAUCAGGAAAAAGUUAGACACUCGGUAUUUGAGAGAUAUGGCCCAUCGACAGUUAGAAUGCUUGAAGGAAGAAAAGGCUAGAGCAAACAAGAGUAAAAGAGUAGCCUACAUCGAAUUCAUUAAUGAUGAUGAAGGAUCCAAUAAUGAGCCUUUAGACUUCGGUGAAAAUGAGAUUGACCUUGCUGAGUUGAAACAAGGGUCACCUUACUCUUGUAAGGUCUUGGCCUCGUCGAAUGGGAAAAACCCUAUUGAACCAGAAAAGAAUGAUAAAUUUCCUAUGAAAACUUACACAUUCAACGUUACAAAAUGUGACGAAAUCUUCGAUUUGUUAGUUAAGGAUGGUCAAAUGAUAAUGCCUUCUGGCGCUAAAAUGCCUCCUUUGGAAUAA